CAAGGCGAAACUUGAACUGCCAAGGGCUUCGUCUUUUGCGUGCCAGUACACUCACUCGCAUUUUGCCUCUGCUCUCUGCGAAUCAGUGAUUAGAAAGGGGGAAACACGAACGUGCGAAAGGACCGGCAGCCCGUACGUCCGGCACAGCACGAGCAGCGCAGCCCUACGCAGCCCGCAGGCUGAGGCUCCGCAGGCGCAGCAUCUCUCGGCUUGCAAUCAUGUCUUUAUCACGAUGGUCGCUCCGCUUCGCAUCGCCUGCUUCGCUUCGAGAUAAAUCAAAACAAAACAACGAGAGCCGAAGCCGCGGGGCAGAGCGGCCGCCAAGUCUCACUCGAGUCCUCAAUGGACGCGCGAGCGCACGCGUAAGGCACACGAGAAAAUGCUGCCGGGGAACCUUCUGACCCUUCCCCUGGCGGUGCUGGUCGCCUUCUCCAACGAGUCGAGGUGGUCCGAGGCCGACUGGGAGGAGUCGCCGCCGCGCACGCCCAGCCCACUGCAGCCGCCGGGCCGCUGGAGCACGGCGACGUGGGGCGAGUGCAGCAACCCCUGCGGCGCGGGCGAGGAGCGGCGCCUGGUGUCGUGCGUGCUGGAGGACGUGACGGGCACCCUGCUCGUGGCCGCGGACGGCUUCUGUGCGCCGCCCAAGCCCGCCACCGCGCGCCAGUGCUACCAGUACCGUACCGAGUGCGCCAACGCCUGGGUCACUGGUGACUGGGGGCAGUGCUCAGCCAAGUGCGGGGGCGGGCAGCGGUCCCGGCUGGUCGAGUGCCACAACGGGCGGCCAGAGGCGGCGCUGGCGUCGGUGCCCGCGCCCCUGGCCGACGUGCAGUGCGUGCCGCAGCUUCGGCCCGCCGACCGUCGCGAGUGCAACCUGCAGCCGUGCCCCGACGGGCGGCGCGUGUGGCUGCGCACGUCCGACGGCCGCAAGCCGCGCCGCAUCCGCCUCUACUCCAAGUUCACCCUGCGCUGCCCUUUCCAGGUCUUCUGGACGCCCGCCGACGACCGCACCAAGAGGAAGUACGCGUGGUACAAGGACGGCCAGCGGCUGCCGGUGCACGAGGACAAGUACACCCAGACGGACAACCGCGGCGAGCUGCGCGUCAAGGGGGCCGACGUGGACGACAGCGGCGUGUACGCUUGCGCCUCGCUCACCGCGGACCCGCAAGGCCGGAUCCACAACAUGACGGUGGUGGUGGAGCGCGUGGCGGGUGACCCCGUCCCCACGGCGCCCCCGCCGCCCCUCGAGGAGGCCGACGACUCCCCGGAGGAGCUUGACGGCGAGCCCGCCGCGGGCCCCAGCAGCGAGGCUCCACCCGAAAGUAGCACGUCGCCGUCGUCCUCGCCCCCGGAAGAGACCACAACGUCGGCGCCAUCCUCUACGGUGGCCGAAGUGGCGUCAACUGCAGAAGUCCCAACGGAGUCUCCCAGCCCAGCUCCAGAUGCGGGGCAACUGCCACAGCGUCGCAAGCGCGACCUGGACGACGCAGACUCCUCGAGUCCCAUUAUCGCCGUGGUGGCGGCUCGCUACGACGCCGCGCCCUUCUCCAACUGCUCCGAGCAGUGCGGCGCGACGGGGCUGCGGCAGCGCGCGGUCCGGUGCGUGGACAACGAGACGGGCACGCAGCUGGCGCUGGCCGACUGCGAGGACCUGGGCCCGCCGCCGCCCCCGCAGGAACCGUGCAACCGGGUGGACUGCCCGGCCGCGUGGCAGUGGCCGUCCUGGGCCGGCAUCAAGUGCUCCCGGCCGUGCGGCGGCGGCGCCAAGUGGCGGCAGGCGCACUGCUCCCAGCGGCUGGCCACCGGCGACGACGUGAUCCUGGCCGCCAGCCACUGCGCCCACCUCGGCCCGGGGGAAGACCGCCGCGACUGCCACCGCGCCGCGUGCCGGUCGCGGGUGCGCGAGGGCGAGCUGCUGCGCCUGGAGUGCCGCGCCGCCAACGCCACCUGGAAGUACCAGGGCGCCGGCGGCGUGCGCAGCGUCGACGUGGCCAACGAGGACAAGUACCUCGCCGACAACGACACGGGCACGCUGUACGUGUACACGGCGGCGGCCGAGGACGCCGGCCUGUACCUCUGCCAAGAGGAUGAAGGGGACGGAGUCCUGGUGACGCACCGCUACGAGGUGGUGGUGCUCCCUGCCUCGACGCCGCCGCCGCGCAGCCAGGGCGACGACGACGACCUGUUCGUGCGCGUGUGGGCCCCGGACACGACCACCACCAGCAGCGACAGCGACGGCACUACCGCUGCCUCCGAGCCUGAAGGGCCCGAAGCCUCGUCUAGGCCUGGCGGUGACCCUGGCGGUGACAGCCUGGUUGUGGACGACCCGGGCUACACGACGGAGCCGACGCCGCCGAAGAUGCCCAUCCCUUGGGAAGUGUUGUUCCUCCCUGCGGCGCCUACUAGAGGAAAUAUGCUGACCAUUUUCACCUAGCUGUUGGCUGUCUUCAGAAUCGGGAGUUCAAUCAAUGUACACUGCAAGGCCAUUUCAUGAACAAUUCUUUUAAUUAUUUCAAGAGAGCCGCGCUUGAAGCAUUACAAAUAUAAAUGUAACAAAAGUUAAAGUGAAAAAUAACAUUUCUUUCCAAAAAUAGAAACAACUUACUUCCAACAUAAACUUCAAAACUUUACAGACUCAAAGACCCAAAAUAUAAUACAAACUUUA